GCCAGACCACAGGACUUGGUGACCCGGAGCUUCGGCGAGGAGUCUCCAGGCCCUGCGGCAGGUGCCCUCGAGGCCGUUCUCUGGGGCUUCGUGCCCUGGAGCUUUUCCCUAGCGUCUCCAAUCCCUGCGGCGGCUGCCCUUGAGGCCCGACUGUAGGAUGGCGGAGAGACGCUUCAGCCUGUGCAGGUUUCUCAGGAAGAAGAAGAAGGAAGGCCCUGAGACUGCCCCUGCACAGCAGCCUGAGGAGGUGGAGCAGCCCCAGCCCCUGCAGGAGGAUCCAGGACAGGACCAGACACAAGAACAGGACCGUGCCCGUGGCCGCUUCCGCAGGGCAGCACAGGCCGUUCGGAAAUUCGUGGGCAUUCGGCGUCCAAAGACCAGGAUCGCACCAGGCGAGGUCAUGGCACAGCCUGACCCCACGCCCAGUGAGCUCACGGCCAAGGCUGACAGCGCAACGUCCGAGGGCGAGGCAGACACUGACAUCGCAGCCGUUCAGUGCCCGCCCAGUGCUCCUGGUCUGGACAUUCCUGGGGAGAGAGUUGUCUCUGUGGAAGUAAGCAGCCUGUGGGAAGCCAUGAAGCCAGAGAGAGACACAGAGCAGAGACCCCCCAGGGUGCCCAAGCUGGCCUGGCUGAAGGAGGGGGAGGAGGAAGGCCCUGGAGCUGCCCCAUCCCAGCAGCCUGAGGAGGUGGAGCAGUCCCAGCCCCUGCAGGAGGAUCCAGGACGGGACCGGACACAAGAACAGGACCGUGCCCGUGGAGGCUUCUGCAGAGCAGCACAGGCCUUUCUGAAAUUCUUGGGCAUUCGCCAUAGAAAGACCAAGAUCACACCAGCCGAGGUCAUGGCACAGCCUGACCCCAUGCCGAGUGAGCUCAAGGCACACCCUGAAGUCGGCACCGCAUUGACUGACGGCACAGCAAACUGUGACAGCGCGGUGACCGAUGACGGGACAAAAUCCAACACCGCCCUGCCUGAGCUCACCAUGGAGGCUGACGGUGAAACGACUGAGGGCAUCGCAGACACUGAGAGCACACCCAUUCAGUGCCUGCCCGAUGCUCUCAGUGUGAAAGUUCUUGAUGAAGGAGUUGUCUCUGCUCAAGUAGCCAUGGAGCCAGCCAGAGACAUGGAGCAGAGACCUCCCAGUGUGCCCAAGGUGGCGUGGAUGAAGGAGGAGGAGGAGGAAAGCCCUGGGCCUGCCCCAGCACAACACCCUGAGGAGGUGGAGCAGUCCCAGCCCCUGCAGGAAGAUCCAGGACGGGACCGGACACAAGAACAGGACCGUGCCCGUGGCUGCUUCCGCAGGACAGCACAGUGGUUACUGAACUCCAAUCCUGUUCGGCGUAGAAAGGCCAGGACCUCACCAACUGAGGUCAGGGCACAGCCUGAGCCCAACCUGACCAAGCUCAAGGGCAAGGCUGACAGUCUAACAACUGAGGGCAUCACAGACACUGAGAGCACACCCGUUCAGUGCCUGCCCGAUGCUCUCAGUGUGGAAGUUCUCGAUGAAGGAGUUGUCUCUGCUCAAGUAGCCAUGGAGCCAGCCAGAGACAUGGAGCAGAGACCUCCCAGUGUGCCCAAGGUGGCGUGGAUGAAGGAGGAGGAGGAAGAAAGCCCUGGGCCUGCCCCAGCACAACACCCUGAGGAGGUGGAGCAGUCCCAGCCCCCGCAGGAGGAUCCAGACUGGGACCGGACACAGGAGCAGGACCGUGCCCGUGGAUGCUUCCGCAGGGCAGCACAGAGAUUGCUGAACUCCAGUCCCAUUCAGCAUAGAAAGGCCAGGACCUCACCAACUGAGGUCAGGGCACAACCUGAGCCCAACCUGACCAAGCUCAAGGGCAAGGCUGACAGUGCAACGACUGAGGGCAUCGCAGACACUGACAGGACACCCGUUCAGCGCCUGCCUGAUGCUCCCAGUGUGGAAGUUCUCGAUGAGGGAGUUGUCUCUGCUCAAGUGCCAGCUGUGGUGAGGUCCAUCCACUGGUGGCUGACUGCCAAUGUGUCUGCUGGGCACGUGCUGGAUAACACCCUUCUAGCACUGACCCAGGCACACCCCGCGGAUGUCGCCAUCAGCCUCCUGCGCUGUGCCCCCUCAUGUGACAGAGCUGCUGCAGUCAUGUGGAGGACCAUCGCCUCGUCGGGAACGACCCUGGAGAAGGUGCUGCCAAUGCUGCUCUCUGUGAUGGAGGACUGGCCAUGGCACAGCACCCGCACCUCUGAUGGGGACAACACCAAUGUCUUUGCCCUGGCUGCAACUCUGGCAUUGUGGACGAUUGUCCAGGAGCCCCAGUGCCCAGGGCCAUUGAUGGAGUAUUCCCCCCAUCUCCUCGUGGCUCUGCUCUUCCAAGUUUUCAUCACCACAGAGCAGAUGUCCGAGGAGGUCGACAGCUUCUGGAGGGGAUGCCGGGAGGAACACGACCUUCCCACUGACCCCAACAGGUUUGCAGUGCUGAGCAUGAAGGCCCUGCUCUGCUGCCUGCACUGUGAGGAUGUGGUGCGUUCAGUGGAGCACAAUCGUGGCUGGGCGAGGCUCCUCAAUGCUCGCAGCCGCCGCUACGCAGUGGCUCUGCUGGCCAGGGAGAUGCGCCGUGUUUCCAGCCCCUUGUGUUCCCGCAUCACACUCCACCUGCUGGAGCUGCUGAGCAGGGAGGAGCUGUGCUGGGACCUCCCUGCUAUGGCAUUCCUUGUGGAGGUCCUGGACUGCCUGGACAUGCGUGACUGGGGAGGCAGCGUUCUGCAGAGCCUUUCAAGGCACCUCUGGAGUGAGUGCCCAGAGAGGCGUCACCUGGCACUCCGAGGGCUCCUGGUGCUCAGCCAGGAUUCUGGGAUGGCCAAGCGCAUCUGGAGCCUGUCGGAUAUCCUGGUGCAGCUCCUGGGGGAUGAGGACAGAGAUACGGUUUGGAUGACCCUCUCUGUGCUCGACAAUGUGCUCUGGAGCAGUGUCUGGACACAGCUGCAGAAGAGGGUCCACAGCAAAGACCCUCUAAUAUCCACCCCCACCGGCCUGCAGUUGGCUGAGGCGCUCCGGCCACUCUUUGACCACGAUGACAGCAGUGUGCGGGAGGGCUCUAUGGUCAUCUUCACACGUGUGAUGAAACUGAUAGAGAGAGCGGGAAAGAGACCCCUGAAGCCACACGUGUGCCUGAGCCUGCUCCCGCUCUACUUCCACCAGCACGAUGAGAACCCGGUCGUGAAAAAGGCGUCUCGGGAAGCGCUGCUUCGUGCAGCGCGGUUCCUGAAGAGGAGGGAUCUCGUGAAGCUGCUGAAGGCAGAGCAGCCUUGGAGAUUCAGUGAGUGCCUGCUGAAAAAGGACCGGAGCAGAGUGGUCGAGUACCUGCACCAGGCCCUGCCGUACCUGUGGAGCCCACAGGAGCCCGUGAGAGAGGCGGCCGUCAAGUUCAUGGGGAUCGCCGGCAGGUACCUGCGGGGACAGUACCAAGAGCUGCAGCUCAUCAUCGAUGCCCUUCAAGCCACGACAGAUGACAGCAGUCCCACUGUCUCCAAGCUGGCACUUAAAAACAUCAACUUCCUUAGAGCUGUACAGAGAGCUCCCUACCUCCAGCAGCUCCGAGACCAGCUCAGCAGGGCAUGGAGUACCCGGCCUUCUGUGUGGGGCUGUGUGUGCCUGUGCUGCUAUAGCUGUGUGGAGAGCUGAUGCAGGCAGCUCUGUCUUUUGGGGCCACCUGAGCCUGUGGGGAAGACGCCUCUUCUCCGCAAGCCCUUCCUAUAUUCCUAGCAUAGGAAUAUUAAAUAAAUCUUGUCAUCUACA